UUGGCGCUUGAAGACCCGUAUGCAGUUAGCUUCCACGCUAACUGGAACUAUGAACUACAUGCCAGUAUAAUUGUUACCCUUUCCGCAGUUAUUCGAGUUUUUCAAGAUGAACGACAUGGAAUUCAGUGUGCCCCUGUCCUCACUGGCUCUCCUGGUCCCACCACUACGGCUGAUGUCGGCAGUGAUGUGGGAAGUUGUGCGCCAGCGGAACAUAAAGCACUAUGGGAAAUUGGAGGAGUUUGUGUCCAUGGUAACAGAUGCAGUCCCUGAACUAAUGAGUAAAAGAGAAGGGAGGCUACUUUCCCUGGGCCUGAGAGCAAGAACGACUCUUGAGCUGUUGCGUUCUGAACACCCUGAAGAUCUCAAGGCUGUUGAGUCACAUCUUAACCAAAUCCGAUCUUCUUGCAUUGAGGAGACAAAUGAUCCAAUAAUUGAAGCUCCAGAGGCAAACUUUAUGAAGCUGGUGCAAGGCCUCAUUGAAGAUACGGAUGGCAGAGAGCAUUUCCUCAAGAAUGUGUUUCCUGUGGAGUACGGUCCCGAUUUUGACACAGCACUGGAGACAUUGGUUUGUGAAUUCUUCACAAGACUCGAGGAGCUGCUACCAAUUCCAGAUUUCAAACAGACUGCCUCCUGGAUCAGUGCUGCCCCCUCUGUCUUAGAGGAGUACAUGCAGUGUGUGUCAAAUGGAGAUGACCUCAAGUUUCUUCUUCAGAGCAAACAGUGUCAUGGAAAACUGGCAAAGAGCAACAUUGCUCCAUUUCAGUCAGACGAUCUUCUUAUUCCCUCUCUGUCGCUUCCUCCAUCGCUCGAAGUAGCUAUUGCUUCCCACCCGAGUGGUUGUGAUGAUGAAAAUAAUGAUGUUCCUCAGAUUGUUAUGUUUGAUGAAGAAUUAUCAACAAACCCUUCCACGACAACGGACUUUCCUGAAUCCCCAAAAAGGACUGAAAUCACAUUGUCUCCUCACAGUAGACAGCAGUCAGGAAUACAUAAAUGCCCUCAGUGCAACAAAUGUUUCAAGCAUCAUUCUGUCCUCAUUGAACACCAGAGAGUUCACACCGGGCUGCAGCCUUUCAGCUGCUCUGAGUGUGGUAGAGCCUUCAGAACAGCCACUCUGCUGGCCGGUCACAGGCUACGCAAAUGCAAAAAUGCUGCAUAUCUUUGUAUUAAAUGCGGGAACAGUUUUCCAACCUCCUUGGACAAAUUCAGACACCACUGUCCAAAACGGGGGCGUACUUAUGAUUGUGGCCACUGUGGAAAGAAUUUUCAGAAGUCCAGCAGCCUCAAGGAGCACCUGCGAACUCAUGUCCAGAGCCGCCUCUUCAAGUGCAGUCAUUGUGGCGCAGGUUUUUCAGGAAUUGGUGAUCUGAAGUAUCAUCAGCAGGUAGAUCAUGAUAAGCCGUACCAGUGUAAGCAAUGUGGGAAAAGUUUCAUCUCCUCCAAGUGUCUAACCAAACAUCAACAGCGACAUCAAGAGGUUGGUGAAAUGGAACCGUCCAAAUUAAUAAGUGGAGGUAAACAUAGGAAAAGUGGCUCGGCUCAUCGGACUUCUUCAACAUCUUUUUCAUCUAGAAAGACUUCAUCCAAAGCUGUCUACCCUCGUGGACGAGUCAUCCAUAACUGUCCGCUGUGUGGAAGGAGCUUUAAGUAUCGCUUUGAAUUUCUUGAACACCAGAGGUUCCACACUGCAGUGAAGCCAUACAAAUGCUCUCAGUGUGGGAAAGCCUUUCGCACUGAGGUUCACCUGACGGGGCACAGGAGGAGAAAGUGUAAAAAUGCUGCCCACAUUUGCAACAAGUGUGGGUGUCAGUUCAGGUCUCUGCAGGAACGUGUCAGACACCAGUGUGUGCAGCUGCUAACAAAAUACGAGUGCUCUCAUUGUGGAAAAACCUUCAAGAUGGCUCACCUGCUCAGGAACCAUCAGAUGAAUGAGCAUCAGCUCCCCUACAGUCCCAACCACCGCUUCAGGUGUAGAUACUGUGAUGAGACUUUCCCAGGGAUCAGUGAGUUGAAGUACCAUCAGAGGGUGGAUCAUGAAAAACCCUUUCAGUGUCAGGAAUGUGGCAAAUGUUUCUUGUCUGAAAAAUGCCUAACCAAUCAUGAGCAGCGCCACAACGAUGACAGACCAGAAAGCUGCCUGGUGUGUGGCCGUGGCUUCAGGAACCGCUACGACUUGAAGCAACACAUGCGUACUCACACGGGAGAGCGACCUUAUCAGUGCACUCAUUGUUCACAGUGUUUCUCCACUGCAGGAGGACUGAGAAGCCACACCAGGGUUCACACAGGUGAGAAGCCUCACGUUUGCCCAGAUUGUGGGAAGGGCUUCUCCCAAAUAGGUGCUAUGCGCACUCACAGGCUCACUCACACAGGAGAAAGACCUUUCAAGUGCACAGUGUGCGGCAAAGGUUUCACAAUGGCACACAAGGUAACGGUUCAUAUGCGUGUACAUACAGGAGAGCGACCGUACGUGUGCUCUCAGUGUGGGAAAGCCUUUUCUGAUGGUAGUGUUCUGAAGCAGCACAUGCUGAACCACUCAGGAGUGAGGCCUUACCAUUGCCAGAUCUGUCCCAAGACCUACACCUGUCUGAACCACCUGAGGCGGCACCUAAAAAGUCAUUCUGACAUGAACUAAUCCAGACAUGAAGGCAACAUGAAGCACAAUCUCUCAUCUUACAAAUACACUGACCUUGACACUGCCUUUUAAAGCAAGUGGCUGCUGACCUCGCAAGGAAAAUGUGAAGGAAUAUCGAAUAAUGCUGUACGGUUACUGAAAAAGUUUGAUUUGCUCUUCAUUGUAAAAUAAGCAUAGUCAGAAUUUUGGCGUUCAUCAUGGGAAAUGUAACAAGUGUACAUCUGUGUAAAUAAGCUGAAAGACACAUACUGUGACAGUAAAAAUUAUGCUGUUCUCUUCAACAUGACAUGACUUUAUUCCUCUAGGCCUUUUGUAUUCCCACUGUGGUUUAUGAGGUUUUGAGAAUUUCCGAUUAAAUGACCUUGUUACAA